CACACUACUGAGAGGAAGGACAGCGGCUUUGGAAAAGGGAAUAUUUGACAUCAAGGGAAUCUGUCACCGCUAAACGGGAGAGUCUGUCUCCUCUGUCCACAAAGACAGCUGCUAUUACCGGAUUUACACAUAAUAGCUGUGGUGUAGUUGUGGGGUGCAAUGGAGGAUGGGAAGCCUGUGUGGGCGCCCCACCCAACCGACGGGUUCCAGCUGGGCAUGAUAGUGGACAUCGGUGCGGAUGCACUCACCAUAGAACCUCUCAAUCAGAGAGGAAAGACGUUCCUGGCUCCCAUCAGUCAAGUUUUUCCUGCCGAGGAUGAUGUAAACAAACACGUUGAAGACAACUGUUCUCUUAUGUAUUUGAAUGAGGCCACUCUUCUAAACAACGUCCGUAUCCGUUACAGCAAAGACUUGAUCUAUACUUUUGUGGCUAAUAUCCUGAUUGCUGUGAACCCAUAUUUCGACAUCCCGAAACUCUACUCCCCAGAGUCCAUUAAGAGCUAUCAGAGACGCUCUUUGGGGACACUUCCCCCUCAUGUCUAUGCUAUUGCGGAUAAAGCCUACAGAGACAUGAAGGUUCUGAAGAUGAGUCAGUCCAUCAUUGUGUCCGGUGAAUCUGGUGCUGGAAAAACAGAAAACACAAAGUUUGUUCUCAGGUAUUUAACCACAUCUUAUGGAACAGGUCAAGAUAUAGAUGAGAGAAUUGUUGAAGCCAACCCCUUGCUUGAGGCUUUUGGAAAUGCAAAGACGGUUAGGAACAACAACAGCAGUCGGUUUGGAAAGUUUGUGGAAAUUCAUUUUAAUGAGAAGAAUGCAGUUGUAGGUGGUUUUGUCUCGCACUAUCUGCUGGAGAAGUCUCGGAUUUGCAUGCAGAGUCCAGAAGAGAGAAACUAUCAUAUAUUUUACAGACUCUGCGCAGGGGCAUCGGAGGACAUCAGAAACAGGCUUCAUCUCAACUCUCCGGAAAACUUCCGAUAUUUGAAUCGUGGCUGCACGAGAUACUUUGCAAACAAGGACUCGGAUAAACAGAUCAUGCAAAACAGGAAAAGUACUGAGGAUCAUAAGCAUGGAAAAGUAGGUGCUCUGAAGGACCCUCUUCUGGAUGACCUGGGAGACUUCAACAGGAUGGUGGUUGCCAUGAAAAGAAUCGGCCUGGAUGACACAGAGAAGCUCAAUCUCUUCAGAGUGGUGGCUGGCGUCCUUCAUCUCGGCAACAUCGACUUUGAAGAGACAGGAAGCACCUCUGGUGGCUGCAUUUUGAAGAACCAGUCCAGUCAGACUCUGGAGUACUGUGCUGAGCUGCUUGGCCUGGACCAGGACGACCUGAGAGUCAGCCUCACCACCAGGGUCAUGCUCACCACUGCAGGGGGCGCCAAAGGCACAGUCAUCAAGGUGCCUCUGAAGGUGGAACAGGCCAACAAUGCCCGCGAUGCUCUCGCCAAAGCCGUUUACAGCAGGCUCUUUGAUCAUGUGGUCAAACGGGUCAACCAGUGCUUUCCCUUUGAUACGUCCUCCAACUUCAUCGGCGUGCUGGACAUCGCUGGCUUUGAGUAUUUUGAGCACAACAGCUUCGAGCAGUUCUGCAUCAACUAUUGUAAUGAAAAGCUGCAGCAGUUCUUUAAUGAACGCAUACUGAAAGAGGAGCAAGAGCUGUAUCAGAAAGAAGGUCUGGGAGUAAAUGAAGUUCAUUAUGUUGAUAAUCAGGACUGCAUUGAUCUGGUUGAGGCAAAGCUGGUGGGUAUCUUGGAUAUUCUGGAUGAGGAGAACCGUCUUCCCCAGCCCAGUGAUCAGCACUUUGCAGAGACCGUUCACAGCAAGCACAAAGUUCACUUCCGUCUCACUGUGCCUAGGAAGUCAAAGCUUACAGUCCACAGGAAUUUGAGAGAUGAUGAAGGUUUCAUCGUUAGACAUUUCGCUGGUGCUGUGUGCUAUGAGACUACCCAGUUUGUGGAGAAGAAUAAUGACGCCCUCCACAUGUCUUUGGAGAGCCUGGUGUGUGAGUCGAAGGACAAGUUUGUCCGGGAUCUCUUUGAGAACAACUCCAAUUCCAAGGACUCAAAGCAGAAGGCUGGCAAACUCAGCUUUAUCAGUGUGGGAAACAAAUUCAAGACCCAACUGAACCUUCUACUGGAAAAGCUUCGCAGUACAGGCUCUAGUUUCAUCCGUUGCGUGAAGCCUAAUCUGAAGAUGGUGAGCCACCAGUUUGAAGGAGCUCAGAUUCUGUCUCAACUGCAGUGCUCAGGCAUGGUAUCAGUGCUGGACCUGAUGCAGGGUGGCUUCCCUUCCCGAGCUCCGUUUCAUGAGCUUUACAACAUGUACAAGCAGUACAUGCCCAACAAGCUUACAAGGCUUGAUCCUCGACUCUUCUGCAAAGCUCUGUUUAAAGCACUGGGCCUCAACGAGAAUGAUUACAAGUUUGGCUUGACCAGGGUUUUCUUCCGCCCCGGGAAGUUUGCAGAGUUCGACCAGAUCAUGAAGUCUGAUCCGGAGCACCUGGCCGAGCUUGUAAAACGGGUCAAUAAGUGGCUGGUGUGCAGCCGCUGGAAGAAGGUCCAGUGGUGCACACUGUCGGUUAUUAAAUUGAGGAACAAAAUGAGAUUCAGGGCCAGUGCUUGCAUCAAGAUUCAGAAGACGGUUCGCAUGUGGCUGUGCAAAAAAAGACACAAGACUCGCAUUGAUGGCCUGGUGAAGGUGAAAAAUUUGAGGAAAAGGAUGGAGAAGUUCAACGAGGCUGUGAACGGACUCAAAGAGGGUAAACAGGAAGUGAGCAAACAGGUCGAGGAACUGGCCGCCUCCACCGACGCCCUCAUUGCCAAGAUCAAGUCCACCGUGAUGAGCCGCGACGAGAUCGAGCAAGAAUAUGAGGGCCUGGUCAAACGCUCGGAGCAUCUCCUAUCCUCAAUGCAGAAGAAAAAGCAGGAGCAGGAGGAGACGGAGAGACUCAAGCGCAUUCAGGAGGAGAUGGAGAAAGAGCGGAAGAGACGCGAAGAGGAGGAGCAGUUACGCAAACAGGAGGAAGAAGACCGCCGCAUGAAAUCCGAGAUGGAGCAGAAAAGGAAACAGGAGGAAGAGGAGAGAAAGAAAAGAGAAGAGGAAGAGCGGGUCAUGCAGGCUGAACUUGAGAUCCAGCUGGCAUUGGACAGAGAGGAAGAGACUCAGACACAGACCAUGUUGGAGCAGGAGAGGAGGGACAGAGAGUUGGCCAUGAGGAUCGCUCAGAGCGAGGCAGAACUCAUCCAGGAAGAAGCCCAAAUGGACCCCAGCUUGCGCAGUGAUGGUACCACAGGUGUUUGGUUCUUCACAGAGAUGGGUGCGCAGGUGCAGGCCAACAAGGUGGCUGCUGGGGUGAAGAAGUACGACCUGAGCAAGUGGAAGUACGCUGAGCUGCGAGACGCCAUCAACACCUCCUGUGAUAUCGAGUUGCUGGCGGCGUGUCGAGAGGAAUUUCAUCGUCGCCUGAAGGUGUACCAUGCCUGGAAAUCAAAGAACAAGAAACGAAAUACAGACACAGAGAUGAGGGCCCCCAAAUCGGUCACCGACUAUGCCCAGCAGAACCCUGCUCCACCUGUCCCAGCCCGGCAGCAAGAGAUCGCAAUGAACCGACAGCAGCGUUACUUCCGCAUUCCCUUCAUAAGGCCUGCGGAUCAGUACAAAGACCCCCAGAACAAGAAGAAAGGCUGGUGGUACGCUCACUUUGACGGGCCCUGGAUCGCCAGGCAGAUGGAGCUUCAUCCAGACAAGCAGCCGAUCCUCUUGGUAGCAGGUAAGGACGACAUGGAGAUGUGCGAGCUGAGCCUGGAGGAGACCGGGCUCACGCGAAAACGCGGAGCGGAGAUCCUCCCCCGCCAGUUUGAGGAGAUCUGGGAGCGCUGCGGCGGAAUCCAAUACCUUAGGAACGCCAUCGAAAGCAAGCAGGCCAGACCCACCUACGCGACCGCCAUGCUCCAGAACCUUCUCAAGUGAACAUCGCCCGUUUCUCCUCCUGGGCCACAUUAUCUAUGCACGUGUAGAUGUAGAUGGUAACGUGGUGUAGCUAAAACAAAGGGAUGUGCAACUCUAGUGGAAGCAAUUGCUGUCUAAUUAUACUUUUUGUUUGUAGUUUGUUCUUCAUUUUGCUGUGAGCGUAGAAACCAGUUUUCAUACAAAUCUGAGCCUUUCUUGAACCUAUUGCUCAGAGAUGCCUUAAGAUUUUCAGAUCUAAUUCAUAUCUCAUUUGAUAGGGAUGUUAUUCAAAUGUUACACUCAUGUAAACCUGCUCAUAAAUCUAAAGUACACUAGGUGUAAUCUUUACAAAAGGACACAUUUCAGUGUGUAGAGACAUACAGUUCUGUGAUGAUGGGUGUCAUUUAAAAUAAGAUAACAAUGAUCAGACAUUCCCCAAAAAAUGAUGUUAUAACAUUGCUCCAUUGGCUUAACCAAUGUUAUGGGUUUAGGGGUGGGACCAUCUGUUUGACCGACAAAUGGUAGGUGUUCAGUCCUUUUUUCCACAGUUCUGCUAUCUAGUGCCGCAGAAAUUACACACUUCACCUUUUAAAAUAAAAUUCUAUUAAGGAUUUAAAUGGUCAUUAUUGUGGAGCAACAUUUAAUAUUUGAAUACGUUAAAUAACUAGUCAAAGUAUAUUUAAUCUAAUCAGAUGAUGGUGGGAAAGGCUAAUGAGGGACAUGCACUGGAAUACAUUAGGUUGUAAUAUUUUGUCUCGCCUUUGUAAAUGUGGUUUCAAAGACAUGCACCAUCAGAAAUUGCCUUUACGUAUAUUUGAUAAUGAAUUUUAUAGAUGCAUUUAAAAGCGGCUUCAGUUCAUAAAAAGGAUAGUCACUGCUGUAGUGCAUGGUUUUGCUCAGCAAUUUUGUACUUGAAUCAUGGUGAUAUGCUAAAGGGCAUAUUCAUUUCUGUUCAGUGAAGUGAUAAUUGCACCUUUGUUAAUGAUUUGCUGUGAAUUCUGUGGUAGAUUUCUCUCAUUUUUACAUUUAUGUAUGUACCAACUCAAGGAAAUAUUUAGUUUAAAUGAGCUUUUACUACGAAGUGUCUCGUUCUGCGUUUCUCUGACCCCUUUUUCUCAUUUGGUCAUGAUAACUGCCUGAAGAACCGAAGUAAUGGGAAAUGCAAUAACAUUUGAAACAUUUUGAAAACUUUGGCACCGACCAAAUUGCUGCAUUUGAUCAAUUUGCUGUCGUUAUUCCCACUUUCAUUUUUCAUUUGCUAAUGAUUUUCUCCAUUGAACCCUUUCUAACUGAAAUCAUGUAAUCUCAAACUGUCGAUAUUUGUUUCUUGUCUGUCAAUUUAUCUUUGAUGUGUCUGGGUUAAUUAUACUCUGAUUUUCUUAUUUUUGACUGGCCAGUGUUGCUCCAAUCACUUUACUAGACCAAAAUAAAUAAAUUCCUUAUAAAACGUG